UAUUCAAGAAGGGUUAAGAAAGGUUCAGUGACACCUCUUCAGCUUCACCGCCUCUUUCUCCACCCGUUCCUGGUCCAUAUCCAACUGGAUGACUGUUCACUUCACUUCUCAAUCCGAAGUCCGACACAAAGCCAGCAGGAACUUCAAGAGCAAGGCUACCCUUUAAACCGCUUCUCUAUCAAGAUGAAGCCAGAAGGACGAGUGGAGCGCCCGCCACUGAUCUCUGUCAAGGGGGUCCCCAUGAUAAAGUACUUUGCUGAAGUCAUGGAGGAAGUUGACAAGUUUCAAGCACAUCCAGGCGACUUGCUGAUCUCUACGUACCCCAAAUGUGGAACGACGUGGAUCAGUGAAGUCAUAGACUUGAUCUACAAAGAAGGCAAUGUGGAGGCAUGCAGAGAGAAACCCAUCUAUAUGCGAGUCCCUUUCUUGGAGUUUUCUGUUCCUGAUGUAUUGUCAGGCAUUGAACAGCUAAAAAAAGCACCCCGCCCAUGUCUAAUCAAAACCCAUCUUCCUGUCCAAUUGCUUCCCAAAUCAUUCUGGGAAAAGAACUGUAAGAUGAUCUACGUAGCCAGAAAUGCCAAAGAUGUGGCUGUCUCCUAUUACUUCUUCCAUCAAAUGGCAGUAGUUCAUCCUGAUCCUGGAACAUGGGAAGAAUUCCUGGAGAAAUUUAUGGCUGGAGAUAUCUCUUUUGGAUCCUGGUAUGACCAUGUCAAGGGCUGGUGGGACAAGAGGAAAGAACAAAGGAUGCUUUACCUCUUCUAUGAAGACCUGAAAGAGGAUCCACGACGGGAGAUCCGUAAAGUAUUGGAGUUCUUGGAGAGGCCCAUCGAUGAAAAGGUGGUGGAAAAGAUUGCUCAUCUUACGUCCUUCAAAGAAAUGAGUCAGAAUCCCAUGGCCAAUUAUACAAGCAUCCCCAAGGAGGUUAUGGACCACUCCAUCUCCCCUUUCAUGAGGAAAGGAAUCACCGGUGACUGGAAGAACUAUUUCACAGUGGCCCAAAAUGAGCACUUUGAUGCUGAUUAUAAGAGGCAAAUGGAAGGAUCGACACUGCAUUUCCGGACGGAGAUUUGAUUGCUCUCACUUGCACUUACUUGUUUAGGUCCCCCUUUCAGAUUUUUUUGUGAAAAGGUGCUAUAGGGGUUAUUAGAUCAGGCAUGGGCAAACUUGGGCCCUCCAGGUGUUUUGGACUUCAACUCCCACAAUUCCUAACAGCCGGAGGGCCCAAGUUUGUCCAUGCCUAUAUUAGAUGCUGCUGUGCAUACUCAUAUAUAAGUCAACCUCAUGUACGGUAUACAUUGAAAGCAAAAUUGUGGUUUUUAUUACGAUCCAUGGAUACAUAGAAAAUAGACCAGCAACCAUUUUCCUAUGCUGGCAUCCAAAAAGCCAGAAAUGCUGCCAUAGCAUAGGAGUUUGUGUUUUGUUUAGGUUCUCCCAGGGCAGACUAAUCUUGCAUCUUUCACCACUAUUCAGAGAAGGGAAUGGUUCCUUUUUAAAAUAAGAGUUAAGGUACACUUAAGGUAAUAUUGACCCAUGGAUCCACUGACCUAGUUUUAGUUUUACUAAAAUGUCUAGAUGUAGACAUGAAUAUAUGCGACACAUAGCAGGCAUUCUAUGGGACACACAGGACCCUUUCCAAGGGUCAAAGCCUGUGAGUCACGUUGUUAUAGUUUUUGCUGGUGAAGGUACGAAAAUUAAGAUUUUUUUUCAUGUCAGGAGUGACUUGAGAAACUGCAAGUCGCUUCUGGCAUGAUUGAAUUGGCCAUCUGCAAGGAUGUUGCCUAGAGGACGCCUGGAUGUUUGAUAUUUUACCAUUCUUGUGGGAGGCUUCUCUUAUGUCCCUGCAUGGGGAGCUAGAGCUGACAGAGGGAGCUCAACCCUCUCUCCCCGGAUUCAAACCACUGACCUGUCAGUCAGCAGUCCUGCUGACACAAAGGUUUAACCCAUUGCACCACUGAGGGCCCCUAAAACUCUAACUCCUUCAGGAUGAAGGUGAGAUUACAAAAUUGCAAAAGUCAAAGAGCCAUCUUCUCACAAAGCUUUCAAACCACCCAGGUCUGAACUCAAUUGCAGUUCACUUCCUAGAUUGCUCACACCUUGUUACCUGUUGGCUUCCUCACUUUGGCAACAGAUGCAGGAAAUAAUUCAAACAGUAUGUGAAUGUUACAAUAUUGAAGGAUGAUAUGUUAGCUCUUUAUUCCAUUUUUUUGGAAGUAUAGCACUUUUUUUCUUGGAGAUGCUACUUGAAAUGAAAUAUGCUCAAUAAAAAUAUAAUGUUAACUUUUUGAUACAUUUUAUACUUAAUGAAGAAAAAAAUGCAUACCUUAGAAAUGGAUAAAUAUUUAGAUUUCUGGUCAUCUUUCUCAUUCAGAUAUCUCUAGUUUGUCAUGUUCUGGUGUAUGGUUUGUGCAGUCACCAAUUGCUUGCCACUUGCUCAACAUAUACAGUAAAAUUCUUGUAUCCACAGGGAACAUGUGCUUGGCUGGAAUGUGGUUACCUGCAAUUGUAGAUAUGACCAAACACCAUUAAAUACCCGACUUUCCGUCCAGA